AUGCACGGAGCCCCCAUUUUGGCGCGGACAAGCGGACCAGGAUCAGCGAGCAGCUGGCGCUCGACGAUCAUCAUGGGGAACAAUGCCAGCAGUCCGACAGACAGAAGGAGUACGGCUUCCGCCAGAGGGCCAGCCCACUGGGGGUCUGCAGAAGCAGCCGUCAACAUGGACGUCAUGGGCCCCGCCGGCACGCUUGGAUGGGCUGAUUCUUGCAACACGAUGGACAGCACCAUGGACACUACUCCUUCCUCCGGCGAAGAGGGGGGAGUGCCGCUGACAAGGAGGCUGAGCAGCAAGACGAAACGCCAGAUUUCUGAAGAGGAGCAGGAAUUUUUCGACUCCAUGGAGCUCAAUAUCCAGCGCAAGCAGAGCUACGGAGGUCCAAUACCGCCGGAGCCGGAGCCGCACCAGUGGACCAACUUCAUCGGCGGCACCCUGAACAGCGUCAGCCGGGAGCACAAGCCGCACUACAUGUUUCGCACCGUGCCCUACAUGGACAUGGACAUCCUGCACAAGCACAAUAAGCACCUCAACUGGGGGGCGGCACGACCGGCGAAGCUUCCCUUGAAGAGGAGGAACAGCUCGUCUAGCGUGGAGCUGUGCCUGUUCAUCGACGACCUUGACGUGCAGGCCAUGAUCAAGGUCACGAGCUUGGUGCUGCACCACCACAUCUCGGAGGGCUGCGCCAUGUCCUGGCCCAUCGACCCGCGAUUCAACAUCUUCAACGACCCUCCGGGAAUGGAGGUGCUAGAGUUUUACUCGUACGUGUUCAAGACGGCCCAGCUGGAGAAGGACUGCGUGAUCAUGUCCUUGGUGUACAUCGAGAGGGUGCUCACGGAGACCGCCGGCAAGCUACGAAUCUUUAGAAAAAACUGGAGGUCUGUAGUCCUAUGUGGUCUUAUCCUCGCAUCCAAGAUAUGGGACGACCUGUCCAUGUGGAACUGCGACUUCAGCAAGGUGGGACGGUGCUCUCUGCGGCGCAUCAACGAGCUCGAGGUGGCCGUGCUUCAGGUGCUGCAGUACAACGUUCGCGUCGCGUCUUCCCUAUUCGCCAGUUACUACUUCCGGAUGCGGCACUGGUGCAUCCUCCUCGGGGUGGAAACCCCGGGGCUGUACGACGCGUCCCCCCCCCGCCGAAGGAGCGAGUCUUUCAAGGCCACCGAGGCGCUGGCCAUAGAGGAGGCGGCCGCCCGAGCCGCUGCGGCCGCGAGGGCCGGCGAGAACGAGGCCCUCCGCGUCCGGCGGGAGGCCGCCGAGGCGGCGGCGGCGCUGGUAGUGGAGGAAGACCUGGAGGGCUUGGGGGGGGCGGGGGAGGGCGGCAGGCGGGGGGGAGGGGCAGUUGUCGGCGGCGGCAAGGAGCGGGACAACCUGCUGCAGAUCGGAGGGGCUACGAGGGCGCCGGAGGGGCGAAGAGCAAGAGGGGUCCCUGGCAUCUCGCACAGGCUCGACGGUCGAGUGUACAGGAGCUGCUACAGCAGGUUACCCCCUUCCCUGGAAGAGCUGGUGGACAUGACCCAGACGGACGCGGGGGGGCGGCAGGGACAUUACUCCGAGAAGAGGUGCUGCGAGCUGGUUCGGAAAAUGCUCUCCGCGGUUAGGCACUGCCACGCGCACGGACUGUGUCACCGCGACCUGAAGCUCGAGAACUGGGUGUUCGAGUCGGACAAGCCUGAUGCGGAACUCAAGCUCAUCGACUUCGGGCUUUCCACCUACUUUGGCAAGGACGAGGUGAUGCACGUACCGGUGGGCACGCCGUACAGCAUCGCGCCGGAGUGCCUCACGGGGGGCUACACGCUGCAAUGCGACGUGUGGUCGGUGGGGGUGCUGGCGUUCAUGAUGCUGGCGGGGAAACCUCCUUUCACGGGAAGGGACGACUUCGAGGUGUUGGAGGCGGUGAAGGCGGGAACGUGGGAGUGGCCGGAGCACGUGUCCGUUUCCGAGGAAGCCAAGGCCUUCGUCGCCGGGCUGCUCGUCGUCGAUCCCGCGCAGAGACUCACCUGCGAGCAGGCGCUUAAGCACCGCUGGAUGCAGUCGACUCAGUCUGAGGUUGAGCUUCCAAACCCGCUGGUGAUGGACUCGCUGCAGAGCUUCGAGUCGCUCGGCACGAUCAAGAAGCUGGUCCUGAGGAUGAUCGCGUUCACUCUGGAGGCUUGGCAGGUCGAGUCUCUGCGGUGCGAGUUCCGCAAGUGCGACCGAGCUUGCAACGGCCUCAUCACUCUGCAAGAGCUCCGGGUGUCGCUAGCGCAGCAGGGCCUUCUGAGCAACGGUCGCGACGCCGUUGGGUUGGGCAAGAUGCUCGACGCGGCGCAAGGAGGGCCCGGGGACGCGGGCGUUAUUCGGUACAACGACUUCCUCGCGGCAUCCCUCAUGUCUUCGAAGGACAACUCCAUUCUAGACGAUGCCAUCCUUCAGGCGGCUUUCGACAGGUUCGACCGCUCCCAGGCCGGUGAGAUCACAGGCCGAGACCUGCGGCUGUUCCUAGGGAAGGAGCUAGACGACAACGAGAUCGACAAGAUGCUCAAGGAGGCAGGCCUCCAGCACGGGGGAAGCAUGUCCUUUGAGGAGUUCAAGGAGCUCAUGCAGACAACGCUGUACUCGCCAACCUUGAGCCGCGCUGGCAGCUGCCCUCCGCCGGACAGUUGAUGUUGUGGUUCAACCAACACACGCCGCACAGGAGUGCGUUUGUGCGUGUGCCCUUGAUGUUCUGUGCGUUCGGUGUGUGGCACGAGACGCUACCUAGAAAAGACGCUCCGGGAGGAAAACAACACUCUGUCUCCACGUCUGGCAUGUGGAGGGUGAACGGGCCUCUUACUCUGUUACUGGCAGUGUGCGGAGCAACGGAGGCGUUGUCAAGGGGGGGGGGGCGGGGGGCGUGCAUACGCGUGCCUCUCACCCUACGGCACGAAUGGCGGGGUAGUUUCACCGGCGUAAAAGUGGUAGUGUCCAGGGUGCUCGGCAACAUCAGCCUACUACAUAGAAGCGACGUGAUUGGCGCGGGUGUGCGCUGGACAACUGCUGGCUGGUGGACCGCGCGUUUCAUGUGUCGUUGGAAUCUACGAAGGGCGGAUUGACAACUGCCAAACCAAUAUUCUUUGGGUACCGGCUGUAGCGCCAUACAUGAAACAUUCCGGCAGGGGCAGGACAAGACGUAGACUAAGGCUUUGAUGGAGGUGCUCGGCGGGGAGAGAUGUGGUCAACUUCGGCGACCAGUAUUGUCGGCGCGAUAUCUCGACGUGUCGGUACAUGGUUUCUUGGUGGUACAACCACAGCAAAAGCAAGGGCCAUGAUUGCGGCAGCGCUGGACACUUUCGGUGUUGUGUAUAGAAUGGGGAGGGGGGGGGGGGCGUUUUUAAUUCCACCACGAAUAGUAUAUUCGCCGUGGUAGAGUGUCCACAAAAUGUGUGCCAUAGCAGUGCGCCGGACUGGGCACGUAGACGCCAUAGAUAGGACAGCUUCGAAGCGAGCGCUGAGUUUUGCGUUGGUGUACAGUGUACAAAGGAGAAACGGAGAGGGGGGGCGUUCUCGCUCACCACGAAAAAAGGGUUUUGCACUGCCGUUUCCGUUGGUGUAUGGGGCGCCCACCCGGUUUGCAUAUGGCGGAACUAUGAUGUACCGUUGUUUUCCCCGUUUUCUUGUUAACAUUUCCUGGUGGUAAAUUAUAUCUCGUGGCACAAUCUCCAAACAGCGAUGCUGAGGCUUCUUGCGGGGGGGUGGGCAAUCAAAUUUCUAGAUGCUUGUCGUUGAACUGGGUACACGGGCGAGGGGCGUCAAUACCACCUGCACAAGAUGAAUCGGCCGUGGGCGUUGAGUGUGGGAGUAGAUGAAAACCGCUUGGCUGAUGAUUGCGUUCGCGCGAGCGGUUGUGUUGUGUUGUGUGUGCGGGCGCGGCCUGAGGCCGAGGAUGAUACGCGGUGGUCGGGAGUUGCGUUGGUUGGAGGGUGAGCGACACACGGAGGAUUGGUUUUCGUGCAGUUGGGUCGUUGCUAUAGGGUGGU